UACAACAUGAUUAGGAUCCUAUUCAGCAAAAAUGACAUCGUCAUCUUCAUAAACAAGCCUCCUCCCUCCUCCUCCUCCUUCAUACACAUAUAUAAUAAUCCAAAUCGCAAUUUACAUUUCUGCCAAAUUUAUCACUUCAGAUGAAGACGAUCUGCGAAAAAGGAGGAGAUGACCUCAUCAGCGGCGUUUUCCGGUCAUCGGAGACAAAUGUAAGAACCGCCGGAGUGCCGCUGAUCGUACCGGAAGAUGAAUGCAAUUCGUCUAGUAGUUCUUCCAUCGGAGACGAUAGCGAUGCCGAUCGAGAAGACGUUGCUGAGAGUCAUUACAGUUAUGAUCGGAAAAACGAUAAUAAUAAUAAUAAUAAUAAUAAUAAUAAUAAUAAUAAUAAUAAUAGUUUCGAUGAUGCGAUUCAGGCUCUGGAACAAGCGCUUCCGAUCAGGAGAGGGAUAUCAUCGUUCUACAACGGCAAAUCAAAGUCAUUUGCGUGUCUAGGUAAUGUGUGGCCGACGACAUCUUCAGUACAAGAUAUUGCAAAGCCGGAAAAUGCUUACACGAGAAAGCGAAGGAAUCUUGGAGCUUUUAAACUAUCAAACAUAAACACGAGAAGGAUAUGUAAGAAGCCCAAGACCUCGAAAUUGAGUUUUACGAUUGAGAGAGAAGAGCAUGAUUUUACCACGUGUGCUACACGACCUCAAAUCAAUAGACCGUUGGCGUUGAGAUCGUUCUCAUUGGUUAACUUGCAUUGAAUAAAGAUUGGAAUGUUGACCAAAACAGAACAAUAUCUACCAUUUGAUUUUGAUAACAGUCCACUAGAAUUAACAACAAAUGAUGAAUACAAGCUUUACAAAAGAAUUUAAAACAAAGGUUAUUGGUGCAUUUUAUAUUAUGCAAUACUAGUAGGUUAGGUUGUGAAUGUGAUACUUCAUGUACAUGAACUUGGCCUUUGACAUCUAAUACUUGUCCUAAACUAAGACCAUAACCCAUUUGCUACACAGCCACAGCUUUAUCUUAUUAUGCACAGACGACUCACUUGGGAUUUUGAAGAAGGAACUGUGCUGAAGGAUACUCAGAUAAGAAUGCAGGGGCCUCUAUAUCUGAAGGAUCAAUCGCGGGAAUCGUCAUGUAGAUGUCUUCGGUAGAGAAUGGAAUGCUGCAAUACACACAACAGUCACCCGGUUGGCCAUUUUAAUCGAUUUUCUUAUAAAUGGGUAGAUUUAGGUUAAGUUGUAUCUCAAACAAGUCAAAUAAAAUGAUUGACCAUAUGUAA